GUUCCCUUUCGUCUUUAAUAGGCGUUGAUUUAACCUACCUCUAUUGUAUUGGACAUGCUUGCUGAGGACAUAUAUUUUAACAGAUAUUGGAUUUUUUACAAUCAACGAAAUAGAAAAUAGUUGUACAUCGGGAGUUAUCUUUUGUGGUAUGCAUGUCUAGUAACAUUUCUUCACUAACAUCGUUGUAGGUCGGCCGUGUGUAACCGCUUCACGGACAGAGGAAAGGAUUAAGUUACUGCUUGUGGCGGAUUAAUUGAUCGGCGCUUGCCCUGGUCGGGUGUUUGGCCUUUUUUUCAAUUUAAAGAUUGCUUGUUAUCAAGAAAGCCAACAUCAUGUCAUUCCGGAGAGGGGUGGUCCGACAGAGUAAGUUCAGACACGUCUUCGCCCAGGCGUGGAAGACGGAGCACUGCAUCGAUGAUGUGAGAGUGUCACGCGUCACAUGGGAUGGACCCCUCUGCGACGUCAACCCCAAGUUCAUAGCUGUGAUCAUCGAGGCUGGUGGAGGCGGCUCGUUCCUUGUGCUGCCAAUCAGCAAGAGUGGCAGAAUUGACCAGUCGGCUCCUACUGUGUGUGGGCAUGCGGCCCCCGUGUUAGACAUCCAGUGGUGUCCCCACGACGACAACAUCAUCGCAAGUGCCUCAGAAGACUGCAGCGUGAAGGUGUGGCAGAUCCCUGACGGGGGCUUGACCGCACCCAUGACCGAGGCCUUGGUGACGCUGGAGGGACACAGUAAACGAGUUGGCAUCGUGGCCUGGCACCCCACAGCUUUCAACAUCCUCCUCACCGCAGGCUGUGAUAACCUGGUGUGCGUGUGGGACGUGGGGACUGGGGAGCUGGUGUAUCAGCUGGGCGAUGCCCACCCAGACCUGAUCUACAGCGUCAGCUGGAACAAGGAUGGCAGUGCCAUCUGCACGGUGUGCAAGGACAAGGCUCUGCGUGUCAUCGACCCCCGUCGGGGGACUGUUCUCAAGGUAAGAGAGAAGGUCCAUGAUGGCACACGGCCAAUGAGAGCCGUCUUCCUCUCGGACGGGAAGAUCCUGACCACCGGGUUCAGCCGCAUGAGCGAGAGGCAGAUGGCCUUAUGGGAUACGAAGGAUCUUUCUGAGCCAAUGGCAGUUCAGGAGAUGGACACCAGCAAUGGUGUUCUCCAGCCCUACUAUGACCCUGAUACCAACAUGAUCUACCUGUGUGGAAAGGGGGACUGCACCAUCCGGUAUUUUGAGGUGACCGACGAGUCGCCAUACGUUCACUUCCUCAGCCUGUACAGUAGCAAAGAGCCUCAGCGCGGAGCUGGAUUCCUCAGAAAACGGGGCGUGGAUGUCAACAAAUGUGAGAUUGCCAGGUUCUACAAGCUGCAUGAAAGAAAAGUGGAGCCUAUCGCUAUGACGGUACCACGCAAGUCAGAUCUGUUCCAAGGUGACCUGUACCCAGACACAGCUGGGUUGGAGCCCUCUCUCCUGGCCGAAGAGUGGAUCGCUGGGCAGGAUGCGCCACCCCUGCUGGUCUCCCUGAGUGGGGGAUACUCUGCUCCCCCCUCCAAGCACAGAGACAUCCUCAAGAACAAGCCCAAGUUGACAUCGCAGGGGUCCGGGGCGGGGUCCGCUUCCACCCCUCAGCAGGUCACCAACACCCCCGUGCCCACGCACGUCGCCAGGGACACAGAGAGUGAUUGGGUGGGGCAGCCGAAGGUGACCAGAGAGGCAGAUGGGGUAUCUGACCGAGUAAAGAGAGAGGCCCAGGACGAGGUGCUGAGCGAGGUGCUGGCGGAGGUGAAGGCCCUGCGCUCGGUGGUGCUCGCCCAGGGCCAGAGGAUUGAGCUGCUGGAGAGGCAGCUGGCACGCAUCGAGGACGGGGACGUAUGAAGGCCGGGGGGGCCCGGAGGCGGCGGGGGCGCCGCUACACCCAAAGGGCAUUCUGAUGUCACUCCAUAGACCAUAGCCUUACUAGAAUCAGCAGUACCUUAAGCUGUGUGCGCGCGCGAGUGGGAGAAUGUAGUUUUGAAGUGUAGCUCAGUGACCAACUGAAUCACAGUUGCCGAGAACCAGGUCAGGAGUUGUGUAGGUCAAUUACACCCCACCACCCUUUAGAUGCCGCUUUGAUUAAUAGGGGGUGAUUAAGGAAUAUCAUCUGCAUACAGCAUUAGUUGACAUUACCUGUGAUAUGAUAUUAAAAUGUUAUGAAGAAACAUAGUGAUAUCCUACUUGAGGGGGCACAGUUAAGAAUCAGUGCAUUCUGCAAAUGUCAUAAAAAACGUGGUGUGCAUAUUUAGCGGUACAAAAAAAUCACUUUUACACAGGCCAUCUUAAGUUUCGGUGUCAAAGGGAUAUUUUUACAUUUGGCUUAAUUGUGAAUGAUUGUACUGUACAGUGCAAAUCAUUCAUACCAUAUACAGAACUGUGUUCACACCCUCAGUAAGAAAUAAAUCCCUCACAUUGUGUAUUAUAAAUCAGGUAGAUACAGCUGCUAAUUGUGAUGUAAUAUCAGACUUAAUAAUUAAUUCUGUCUUCUUUUACAUUUCUACAUUAAUGGCUUUUUCAAUAAUUGUUUUUGAUUAAGACACUUUUACUACAAAUUAUUGAAGAGAAUGAGACUUAAGUGAAAAGGUAGUUGUAUGUUGUAAAUCUUUCUGUGGGAUCUUUUUUUACUUUCAAAAGUUGAAGGUGAUUCAUGCUCAGCUUUCUACUUCCUGAAAUAAUUCCUAAUUGUGAAAUCAUAAUGUGUAUGUAAUACAUGCAGCAGGCACACUUUGUGGCAUCAUACUGUACAUGAUGAUAAUUUGUGAUGUCAUAAGGGGCAAAUGGGUAGCACUGACCAUAAAUAUGACUUAAUUUAAGUAAAUGGAUUAUCAUUGUGUUGUCAUAAGGGGCAAGUAGGUAGCACUGACCAUAAAGAUAGUCUAUCUAUUUAAGUAGAUGGGAUCAAGCUGACACAAAAUGGAGUCCAACGUCCAUUAUGCCAGACAGGUUUUGAGUCCAUCAAUGUCCGUAAACAGUAAAACAACUGACAUGGAAGAAUUAUGGUUUAUGCAAUUGCCAACUUAGAGGUUGUGUCCUAAUUAAGUAAGAAACUGAUGUGCAGCGUCACACCCGAUAAAUUAUACGGAUGAAUGACACAUUUAUUUGUUUGGCACUCAGAUGGCCUUAGUAACUGCCUAGGUAACUAUCAAAUAUACAUUCGCUUUUCCAGUUGCUUCCAUUCUAUUGACCUAUUCCGUAGAACAUCAUAAACUAAUACAAUCCUAAAUGACAGCUUGUUAAAUUGAGUUCAAGAAAGGUAUUGCCCAACACAAUGUGUUCUAAGUAGGAGUAUGUUACUAUCUUAAAAACCACAAGUGCUUCACAGCACUGAACUAAAAUUGUUACAAUGAAAUGUGAGUUGUUGUUUUUUUACUGUUCGAAUGAUGUAAUCCAAGUCUGUAGAACCUAAUUGUUUUAGAUUAAUCUAGAGGCAGCUGUUGUAUUUGUGAUUUAGAAUGGAAAAGGUGUGCGAUGCUUGUCUGUUGGACAGAACUGCAGAAAUAAACAAAAAUAGAAAGUUAUGAUUUUUGCAAUUCUCACUUACCUCGCCCUUCGGUGAAGGGAUAGCUAUUUUGGGUACCUUUCACGGGUUUUUUCCUUGAUUACUUACAUAAUUAACUUCUCUAUAUGCACUGACCGUCCUACAAUUAUUAUUUGUGUGUGGUCAUAAAACAAUAAAGUGACAGUGCACUGUGCAACUCCAAUAAACACUCCUUCCCUAUUUUUGUUUGUAUGUUGUCUUUUUAUGACCGUAAUAUGUUACAGUGUGAAUCAAAUGAGGCCAUUUGUGGCUUGAUUGACGUCCCCCCCCUGUAUCACAGUGGCCAUGAUCAAGUUUAUUUUCAUUGACAAGAAACACCUGUAGUUAAGAAUGUAAUUGGUUAGAGUAUGUUAUAUAUUUGUUGUUGAAGUUUGCAUUUUUCACUGAAGUUAUCUGCAGGAUGUGGUCAGAAGCUAUGGGUGGUUCCAAAGCCAUGUGGUCGUGCUUUUGAUCCUUCUGUUAGUUCCACUGCUCACAUCCUGUCUCUCUCAGCGCUGGCUGCAGAAAGAAAUGAUCUCAGUAAAUGUAACUUCAAAUACUAUCAGGCACAAUAUACACCUUUGUUACAUCUAAUUCUAAAUGAAUAAAAUGCAUACCACACACAUUACCAAUGUCUGGGGUUUUAGUUUAAGUGAUUCUCCUCUGUAAUGUAGUGUUCUGUGUAAUGUGUAAUCUUCACUCCAGAAGUUACAUUUUUAGAAUGAGCCAUUUACUGUCAUCCACGUAAAACGUACAAAUCUGCAAGUUCACUUUAAAGCAGCACAAAAUAUCCACUUCUCCACCUGGGCGUACAGUAACGUACUGUACAGCCUCACAUUCACCAUAGAACAGCUUCCUCUUUCUGCAUUUGGACUACACGUGAAUAUCACUCUAUUCCCCAUGCUUCUACAGCACCAUGCUUUUUCUGUUCAUCUGUCAUCAAGCCAUCUCUUCAAAUUCACUCAUCUAAGUCUCCACCCCCGUGCUUCCUGUCCUGCUGUUGGUGUUACUGCUUUACUUUGCUGCUUUGCUCUCUCUCUCUCCUUCUUUCUAUUUGUGUGUCUUAAAGUAAGCAUUGCAGACACACCCCUGUCAUUACUUCCUGUCUCUAGGGAUAAGUUAUCUGCCUGUCUGUUGAAAACUCAGCAUCCCUUGGGUCAUACGGCAACACAGUGAUUCUGAUCCUGAAUAUAUUUAAUGAAUGCCAUCUAUUGGGAAUGUCACUGUUGCUUUGAAGUAACGAGAAUCUUUAGGCAACUACAAGUUUUUUCUUGAAUUGACAAGAGACAAAUCAACUUACUUUGUAGAAACCUACUUUGACAGGCAUAUCUGAAGUAACCAUGAAGGACGAGACCACAUCUGAUCGAGUGGUAGUGACUCUCUGUUUCCUUCUUGUCUUCCUCAUUCUUCUUCUGGUCUACCUGUACAUGAAACUGAACCGUGAAACCAGUGGACAGUAUACACUUCGCAGAAUGGUUUAUAAGGAGGGAGGAGUCAGAGACCGGGUGAGGGGCGGAGUCGGGAUUCUGGAGACCCGCCUUGGUCGCCGCCUGUGGCCACUCAAUGAGAAUGAGGAGGAGGUAGAAGGAGAAGAGAGCGAAGAUGAGAGGGAUGUGGAAGAAGGAAGCAAAAGAGGUGAAAGCGAAGGAGAGGAGGAAAAGGAGGAGGACGAGGGAGAUGACUCGUCGAAUGACUACUCCAGCUUGGAGGGCUGCAACCUGAGGGGCAGAGCAGAGGGAGCGGAGGAGAGGGAGGGGAGGAGAGAGAGCAUGGGGAAGAUGGAGAGACAGGAAAAGAAGGACGAAGCCAGAGAGGAUGGAGGGGUCAAAGCAGGGGCUGAGGAAGGAGAGGGAAACAGAGGAGGAGAUUUACAGAUCGGCCUGAAGCACUUCUCUGGGAGUGCCACCUGGUCUGAGGAAAAGAAAAAACAAGACGACGACAACAACGUGACUGCAUUUUGAGAUCAAAGAGACUACAGUUAUUUGGGUUUUGAUGUAAAGGAAAUAAUAAAGUGGUUUCAGUUUUUUUUAUACAAGUAACACAUUUAAGGCACAAUGACAAAGAUAUGUAAAUUAACUACUGUUGAUAUCUUACAGGUGUAAGUAGGGGAUGUUACACACGUUCACUGUUUUGUACGUUUUGUGUUACUUGCUACCUAUGAUUUCAGAUAGUGUAUCAGACUGGCACAAAUUAUGCUUGAUGUUGGAUGGAAGGUGACUUUUCAUGACCAUUUUACAGAACAUGCAGCUCUGUAAAGUGAUGCUUUUUGUGCUUAAUCUUUCCUACUAGGCUCCCGUAGCAGUGAGGUAUCAUGCAUAGGGUUACAGGCUAGUAAAGAUCUCAUCGUAAUUAAUGUAUAACUCUAUAUUACACAUUGGCUUGUCAUUUAACACAAUAUGAUCAUUUGAAGAACAUUAAACCCUUCUUUAAGCUUGA